CCAGGCCGAUCGCCCCUCUAACAGGCCAGCCAAACGCAGGGGCAAUGGCAGGAGGGGUUGGGGUUGCUCCCUUGACAAUGCCCAACCCUGCUGCGGUUCUUCCCGCCCAAGCGGCUGGUUUUGGCUCCAUGGGCCAGAAUCGGAUGCUGCUUCCUGUUCCCACGUUAACUCAGCACGAGGUGGCGCACACGCCAGCGCAGCCCGCCCUGCCACAUCACCUUCGGCGCUCCUCCGAGCCACUGCCGUGCCAGCUGCUACCCGCAGGAGCAGCAGCGGCAGCAGCAGCAGCGGGUGGGGUUCCGGCCUUUCACAACUCUGUCCCCUCCUAUUCUCUGCACGCUGGCGGAAACCCAUCCUUUGCCCCAAAUUCCCAUGCGCUCGCUUCUUCCCAUGCUCACACCACCGCCUCUGCCCACGCAACCGCCGUUGCCCAUGCUGCCUCCACUCCCCCCCCGCGGCUGUUUGCUUCCCCGCUCACUGGUGCACCGCUGGCACCAGGGGGGCAGGGCGCGGAGAAGGGGGGGAAGGGGGCGGGAGAUGGGACAAAGGGGCCUGGUGGUGUGGUGGGCGGGGGAGGAGAGGGAGGCAUGGACCAGCAGACGAGGCUGCGAAUGGGGCCACCGUCAGCCACGGCCACCACUACAGACAGCAAGGACCAGUGGCCGCAUCAGCAGCAGCAGUCACUGCGCUCCAACAAGCUUGAGCUUGACCUCAUGUCCCCACCUGGCAACGGUCUCUCACUGCUGGUUCCGAGUUCAGAGCGGUUGGGAGCGGUGGACGAGGAGGAGACAGCGGAAGGGGAGAGCAAGGCGCAUGUGCCGCGUGGCAUGCCGCCACCAGCAGCAGGCGUUACACACAAGCACAUGGGAGGGGGGUUGGCAGGAGGAAUAGGAGGACGAGGAGGCGGAUUAGGGGUAGGGUUAGGAGGCGAAACUCCCAAGGAAGGGGUGGGAGGGAGGGCGGAGGGGGAGCUUAAUAUGGAAGCUAGGCUUAGAAAAACUCCUUCCUUUAAUAAAGGCGAGGAGGCUGUAGGAUCCAGAAAGGGCUUUGAUCUGAUGCUGCUGAAUGCAGAGGCAGAGAGAGGCAGGGAGAAGGAGAAGGAGACAAGGGAAAGGGACGGGCGGAAGGAGGCGGGGCGGGGGAAGGGGAGGGAGAAGGAGGAGAAGGACAAGGGGAGGGCGGAGAAGGGGAGGGAGAGGGGGAGAGGAGGGAGGGAGCAGGAGGUGCAGAGUAGGAUGGAAGAUGGGAAGGAGGAGAGGAAAGACGGGGGACUGCUGCAGAGAUCUGGCAGUCAAAGAGGGGCGACAGCGAGGGGGGCGAAAGGAGACGCUAAGGGUGGGUCCAGGGAUCGAACUGCUGGUUCGUCACCUGUGGUGGGGCCUAUGUCCCCAGGAGCAGUAGGGUUGGGAGGCUUCCCCCCUCCGCCCGCCCACCUUGCCCCCAUGCACCACACUCCCCCCGUCAUGCCCCACAAUCCCCCUGGCAUGCCCCCAUCCGGGGCACCCCCACACGGAGCAGCAGCAGCAGCAGCAGCAGCAGCAGCCGCAGCGGCAGCAGCAGCUGCUGCUGCUGCGUCCAUGCCUUUGCCGCUAGGGUUGGGAGGGUGGCCGAUCCCUGGGAUUGGGUUUUUCCCGCAGGCUGCUGCUGCUGCAGCGGCGGCUGCAGCUGCUGCUGGGUGGCCCCCUCCCUCUGCUGGAGGCCCCUCCUCGCUCCCCUCCUCUCUCCCCUCCUCUCUCGCCUCGUCUCUCCCCUCUUCCCUCCCCGCCUCUCUGUCGCAUACCGGGCCAUCGCUGCUCCAGCAUGCUGGAGUGGCAUCACUGGCGCAUGCAGGGAGGGACGAUGGGGUCUCCUCACCUGCUCCUCCUGGCCAUCCAUCACAGCACACGCUGCCUCAACCGCCCCCAGGCUUACUCCCCCUGCCUUCGCAGCAGCAGCAGCAGCUGCACGGGCGGCGGCCGUGGAAACGUUGUGCCCUGCACGUCUACAUUGCCCACUUUAUAGAGUUCAACCGGCAUGUAGCACGUCAGCAGCAGCAGCAACAGCAACAGCAGCAACAGCAGCAGCAGCAGCAACAGCAGCAGCAGCAGCAUCACCACCACCCGUUCUACCCCCCCCAUUUCAGCAAUUAUGCGGCAGCAGCGGCGGCCGCAGCGGCAGCUGCGGUUGCAGCUUCAAAGCAGCAACCCCCAUAUGGGAUGACCAUGCCGGGGCAUAUUCCUGGUGUGGUUCAGACAGGGGCGACACAGGCAGGGUUAGGGCAAGGGGAGGUUGGGCAAGCAAGUGCAGGGCAGGUGGGACUGGGACAGGCAGGGCCAGUGGCACCGGGGUCUGGGCAGGCAAGAGUGGGGCAAGCAGGGGUGGUGCAUCCAGGGGCGGUUCAAGCAGGGGCGGUUCAAGCAGGGGCGGCUCAAGCAGGGGCGGCUCAAGCAGGGGCGGCUCAAGCAGGGGCAGUGGCAGCAGGAGGCAUUCAGAGGCCAGGAGGGCAGGGAUUGGGAAUGGGGCUGCCAGGGCCUCCGCAGCAGCAGCAGCAGCAGGUGAGGCCAACGCUUCUAGCGCCACAGAAAGUGGUUCUGCCAAAGCCGCAGCAACAACCUCAGCAGCCCUUACAGAACCAGCAGCAGCAGCAGCAGCAGCAGCAAUUACCCCUUCAGCAGCAGCAGCAGGUGAGGGAGGGGCAGGAACCAGCGCAGAAGAGAAUGAGAACAGAGAAGGAGCAGGUUCAGGGAGUAGCGACGGCAGCGCAGGCAGGCACUAUGGGGGCAGGCGUUGUUGUGGGGAGUGUGGGAGCAUGCGGUGUUGUGGGGAACGUGGGGGCAGCAGGUCAGGCAGGUACGAUUGGGACAGGCAGUGGUGCUGGGAGUGUGGGAGCAGCAGGGCAAGCAGGUGGUUCAGGGGCAGGGUUGAAGCCUCGAGGAGGGCAGGUGCAGUCGGGGCAGGUGCCACCAGGACAGGUACUACCAGGGCCAAUACCGCUGCCCCAGGUGCAAUCGGGGCAGGUGCUGCUGGGGCAGGUGCAACCGGGGCAAGUGCAACCAGGGCCAGUACCAGCGGCCCAGGUGCAGGCGGGGCAGGUUCAGCUGGGGCAGGUGCAACCAGGGGCGGUGCAACCAGGACAGGUGCAACCAGGGGCGGUGCAACCAGGGCAGGUGCAACCAGGGGCGGUGCAACCUGGGCCGGUGCAACCAGGACAGGUGCAGCCGGGGCAAGUGCAGCUGCAGCCCAGGCAGGUGCCCCUGGGACAGGUGCAGCCGGGGCAGGUGCCACCUGUUGCAGCAGCACCUGCUGUUACACCUGUUGCAGCAGCAGGAGCGCCUGUGGCACCAACACCACCAGCAGCACCAGUGUCAAAUCCGGUUGUAUCUGUGCCAGUUCCACUAGAGCCACAGGGGCAGGGGCAGGGGCUUGCUGGGAAGGUGGUAUCCGGGCAGGUGCUUUUGAGACAGGUGCCACCUAGCAAGGAGCCGGUUUUUUCUACAGCCCUAGGCAGCAAUGCAGCAACAGGCACAGUACAGCGGCAGCAGCAGCAGCAGCAGGAUAAAGGUGUGCCUGUGCCUCCAUCACCACUCACGUGUGCUAUCAAGGGAACCGCUGUGCCUGUUCCCCCUGCACAGGCGUCUGCUGCUAAGGUUGCUCCUGUGCUUGUUCCCCCUGCACUUGAAUCCGCUCCGAAGGUUGCUCCCCUGCUUGCUCCCGCCUCAGCACACGAUUCUACCACCAAAGUGGCUCCUCUGGUUGUGCCUCUCCCCUCUUCACAAGCCCCCCCAUUGAGGCCGCGCACUCCUGUUCCCCCAACCCCUGUUCCCCCCGCUCCUCUCCCCCCCACCCCUGUUCCGCCCACUCCAGUUCCCCCCACCCCCGUUCCCCCCACCCCUGUUCCGCCAGUUCCAACUUCCCUCAUUCCUGUUCCCCUCAACCCCGUCCCCACAACUGCUCCUCCCCCUACUCCCGUUCCCCUUACCACUGCUGCUCCCCCUACCUCUGUUUCCUCCACUACUGCUCCCCCUCCUGCUGCUCCCUCUCGUGCUGCUCCCUCUACCACUCCUGCUGCAGUGCCUGCUGCAAUGUCUCGGCUGCUGUAG